AUGACUGAAAUCACAAAAUUUGAGCAAUUCGGAAUCAAUACGUUCUAUAACGGAAUCCCAACAUUAGAUAAUGCCAGCGACUGGUUUCGGUGGAAUCAGAAGGUCAAUGAGUUCAUUCGGAUAUCUGCGGUUGCCGACGAUGGAGCGACUCCACCGAUAGAAGAGGAAGAAGCACGGCAAUGGAUUCACCGCCAAAAGUUCUAUUCUGCGAUGAUCACGGCAAAGCUGACCCACAAUGCGGCGCAAAGGAUCAAUGCCUUUGAGAUUCCUCCAGUCCAAGUACUGCUUAAGGCAGUCAAGGACAACUUCAAACCAGAAGGCUCAGGCACUGUGGGAGCACUCAAGCCCUCGGAGCAGAGAUCAGGAAGAUCCAUGCUGAAAAACUCCUCCUUGACUCUGAUUGCGUAA